UUAUUGAUGGUCCUGUAAGGCGGGCACGCUGGGGAGUAGAAGGAGCCUGUAGCCCCUGCGAGAGCAGAGCCGAGGUAGUGCACUGCACAGAGGGUCACCGCGGGCGGCCAGAUCCCCAGGGAGGGGAGAGGACCCGGGCGUCACGAAGCCCGCUUCCUCUGGGCCAGCCAUGGGCAGGAACCAGGGCAAAGCGCCCCAGCGCCUGGCGAGGCCCGGGAGGCCGGCCUCAGGGGAGCAGGAGUCGGGGUCGGCCAGCGCGGACGGCGCGCCCAGCCAGGAACGACGAUCCGAUCGCGGCCAGGCGGUCAGGGCGAGACCAGCCGCCCAGCCCGCCACCGCCGGGGACCAGGGGACUGCUGGUGGCCGCAGGAAGCCCAUCGCAGAGGAGAACGGCGGCUGCAGACGCCCAGGGGCUGGGUCGCCCCCAGAGGCCCAGGAGAGGCAAGGCAGCGCGCGGCGUGAGGGACGCGGGCCCAGGGGCGGCCGCAGGGGGCGCCUGGAGGAAGGCAGCCUCUCCCGAGGAGAAGGGCGGGGCGGCCGCCGUAGGAGGAAGGGGAAAGAUCCGGGGCCCUCGGCUCAGCGGGGCCGCCGGGCGCCCCGGAGCCUCGAUGGGGACACGUCGGGUGGGGACGGAGGCAGCUCCCGUCCGGACAGCGAAGCCCGCGAGGCCCAGGAGAGCGGCAGCCAGCGCAUCGGAGCCCGGGAGCUGCGGCCCACCCUGGAGCCUAGGGUCACGGGCUCGGAAGGGACAAAAACCGGGCCGGAGUCAGCGCUGGAGCCAAGCAGCGACAGCCUGGACAGCAACUGGCCCCGCGCAGAUCCCUGGGGCCGGGAAGGGUCGUCAGGGACGGGGCCCCUUGGAGCCAGCGAGCAUUCCGGGGACGACUCCGACUCGAGUCUGCUGGAGACCGGACCUGGACGGGGCCCCCGGGCAGCUAUGGCCUCCAGGACCUUCGAGGGCAGCUCGCGGGCUCCUCGGGAUACCGGGCCGGCCCAGGACGCGUGCGACAACCGGGCGCAGCGGGGCGCCAAGCCUGAAACAAUGCAGGCCUCGACGGCCCGGGCUCCGCGCCACCCGGUUAGAAAGGCGGCGGGGCGGGUGCCAGCGGCGGCAGGGGAGGGCGAAGCAGGAGCCCCAGCGGGAGUGGGGCCGGAGGACCCAGCCCCGCUGGCGGCCCUCCUGGUGGUCCGCAGGCUCCUCGCGAGGUCCCCGCCAGGCACCACUUCCCAGGCCGUGGGCCCCCGCCGCGCUGGCCUCAAGGAGCGGCUCCUGAGUGUAGCGCGAGCCCUGGGCCUCUUGCGCUGGCUGCGGCGGCGGCUUCGGCUGCGGCCGCGGCCGCCAGAGGGCGAGGGGCAGGGGGCGGGGCCACGGGCGAGCGAGGGGUGGGGCCGCGGAAAAGCGUACGAGGGGCGGGGCCGCGGGAAAGCGGACGACGGGCUGGGUCAUGGGAGAGGAAGCGAGGGGCGGGGCCACGAGAGAGGGGACGAGGGGCGGGACCACGAGAGAGGGGGCGAGGGGCGGGGCCCUGAGCCCGGGCUGCGGCACCGUCUAGCGUUGCGCCUGGCCGGCUUAGCAGGGCUUGGGGGUAGGCCGAGGGCUCCUCCUGGCGUCCUCUCGCGCCCCCCGCAGGUCCGGACAAGCCCAGUCCCCGACGACCCUUUCGAUCAGGAGGACGGGACUCCAGAUCCCAAGUUCGCAGUCGUGUUCCCCAGGAUCCACAGGGCAGGGCGGGCGUCGAGCAGCCGCAGCUCUGAAGAAGCGUCCACAGAUGCCCCCACCGGGAAAGGCCGAAGUUGGCCUCGUGCAGGGGCAGGGGGGCACAGUGAGGGGCGCAGGGCGAGUGAGGAAGGGGUGUCCGGGCUUCGUCGCGGCUCCCUCCUCGCCCCGACUGCCCCCGACGGGCCCUCGCUCGACGAGAGCGGCUCCAGCAGUGAGGCGGAGUCGGAGACCCUGGACGACGAGCCCCCGGUGCACUGGGCGCAGGGCUCCGGUCCCCGCAAGGGUCCUAGGCUUGGCGCCGCUGUGCUGCUGCCCCGACUCGCCCUGGAGACCCGCCUGCAGCAGGAGGGAGACCCGGGCCUCCGCGGGUCCCUGAGGGAGCGGUGGGAACCCGAGGAUGAGGACGAGGCAGUGCUGGAGAGGGACCUGGAGCUAAGCCUCGGGCCGGGCCUGGAGGCGCCACCCUUCCCCGGUGCCGAGGGCAGGAGCCUCGGAGACGGCCUAGAAGACAUGGAGGACCUGGCCCGCUUGCGGCUGAUGUGUGACAGCUCUGUGCUGCUGUGCCUCAAGAAGAGAUUUCACCUGGGCCGAAUCUAUACUUUUGGGGGGCCCCUCUUGCUUGUUUUGAACCCCCACCGGCCCUUGCCUCUCUUCUCACCUGAGGUCCAGGCAAGCUACCACCCCAGGAAGGCCCUCAGCACCACCCCACAUAUCUUUGCCAUCGUGGCAUCAGCCUAUGACCUGGCUCAGCAUACUGGGCAGGACCCAUGCAUCCUCCUGCGUGGGCACAGCGGCUCAGGGAAGACAGAAGCCUCCAAAAAGAUCGUGCAAUUCCUAAGCAGCCUGGAGCAGGAUCAGACGCGGAACCGAGGGUGUCAGGUGGAGGAUGUGCUGCCCAUACUCAGCAGCUUUGGCCAUGCCAAGACCAUCCUCAAUGCCAAUGCCAGCCGCUUCGGCCAGGUCUUCUGCCUCUACCUACAGCAAGGGGUCAUCGUGGGAGCCUCUGUGUCUCAUUAUCUACUUGAGACCUCCAGGGUGGUGUUUCAGGCCCAGGCUGAGCGGAGCUUCCAUGUUUUUUACGAGCUGCUGGCAGGGCUGGACUCCAUAGAGCGGGAGCGGCUCUCCCUGCAGGGACCGGAGACCUACUACUACCUCAACCAGGGCCAGGCUUGCAGGCUCCAAGGCAAGGAGGAUGCCCAGGACUUUGAGGGGCUGGUGAAGGCACUGCAGGGGCUGGGCUUGUGCCCGGAGGAGUUGAAUGCCAUCUGGGCUGUGCUGGCCGCCAUCCUGCAGCUGGGCAACAUCUGCUUCUCCUCCUCAGAGCGGGAGUCCCAGGAGGUGGCUGCUGUGUCUAGCUGGGCCGAGAUCCACACAGCAGCCCGGCUGCUGCGGGUACCACCAGAGUGCCUGGAGGGGGCUGUCACCAGGAGGGUCACGGAGACGCCCUAUGGCCAGGUCUCGCGAUCCCUGCCCAUGGAAGGCGCCAUUGAUGCCAGGGACGCCCUGGCCAAGGCCCUGUAUUCGCGCCUCUUCCACCAGCUUCUGAGGCGGACCAAUGCACGGCUGGCACCACCAGGGGAGGAAGGCAGCACUGGCACCAUCACUGUCGUGGAUGCCUACGGCUUUGAGGCCCUGCGGGUGAAUGGCCUGGAGCAACUGUGCAACAACCUCGCCAGCGAGCGCCUGCAGCUCUUCUCCAGCCAGAUGCUGCUGGCGCAGGAAGAGGAGGAGUGUCGGCGGGAGUUGCUGUCCUGGGUGCCUGUCCGUCAGCCUCCGAGGGAAUCCUGCCUGGACCUCCUGGUAGACCAGCCCCACAGCCUCCUGAGUAUCCUGGAUGCCCAGACAUGGCUGUCCCAGGCCACGGACCACACCUUCCUCCAGAAGAGCCACUAUCACCAUGGUGACCACCCCAGCUAUGCCAAGCCCCGGCUGCCCCUGCCCGUGUUCACCGUGCAACAUUAUGCAGGGACUGUCACCUACCAGGUUCACAAGUUUUUAAACAGAAACCGGGAUCAGCUGGACCCUGCCGUGGUGGAGAUGCUUGGCCAGAGCCAGCUCCAGCUGGUGGGCAGCCUGUUCCAGGAGGCAGAGCCCCAGUCCAGGGGAGGGCGAGGCAGACCCACGCUGGCCUCUCGCUUCCAGCAGGCCCUGGGGGACCUCAUAGCCCGGCUGGGCAGGAGCCAUGUCUAUUUCAUCCAAUGCCUCAACCCUAACCCUGGAAAGCUUCCAGGCCUCUUUGACGUGGGACAUGUGACAGAGCAACUGCACCAGGCAGCCAUACUGGAGGCCGUGGGCACCCGCAGUGCCAACUUCCCCGUGCGUGUGCCCUUUGGGGCCUUCCUGGCCAGGUUCCAGGCCCUGGGGUCGGAAGGGCAGGAAGGCCUCUCUGACCGGGAGAAGUGUGGUACCAUCCUGAGCCAGGUGCUGGGGGCCGAAUCACCUCUCUGUCACCUCGGAGCCACCAAGGUCCUGCUGGAGGAGCAGGGCUGGCAGCGGCUGGAGGAGCUCCGGGACCAGCAGCGCUCCCAGGCCCUGGUCAACUUGCACCAUAGCUUCCACACCUGCAUCUCCCGCCAGCGCGUCCUGCCCCGGAUGCAGGCUCGCAUGCGUGGGUUCCAGGCCAGGAAGCGGUGCCUCCGGCGGCGGGCAGCUCUGGGACAGCUGAACACCAUCCUGCUGGUGGCCCAGCCCCUGCUCCGGAGGCGGCAGAGACUGCAGCUUGGGCACUGGCAGGGCUGGCACAGCAGCGAAAGGGCCUUGGAGAGAGUGCCAAGCAUGGAGCUGGGGCGCUUGGAGAUUCCGGCUGAGCUGGCUGUCAUGCUGAAGACGGCGGAAGGCCAUCAGGAUGCCCUGGCUGGGAGCAUCACAGAGUGCCUGCCCCCUGAGGUUCCUGCCCGGCCCAGCCUGACUCUCCCACCAGACAUUGACCGGUUCCCUUUCUCCAGCUUCAUCUCCAUCGGCUUUCAGGAGCCAUCCCUGCCCAGGCCAGGGCAGCCACUGGUGAAGCCCCUAACCCAGCUGGACGGAGAGAACCCUCAGCAUGCCCUGGACAUCAACAAAGUGAUGCUGCGGCUCCUGGGGGAUGGAUCCCUAGAGUCCUGGCAGAGGCAGACCAUGGGCACAUACCUGGUGCGGCAGGGGCAGUGCCGGCCAGGGCUGCGGAAUGAGCUCUUCAGCCAGCUGGUGGCCCAGCUAUGGCAGAACCCAGACGAACAGCAGAGCCAGCGGGGCUGGGCCCUCAUGGCUGUUCUGCUCAGCGCCUUUCCCCCACUGCCUGUCCUGCAGAAGCCGCUGCUCAAGUUCGUGUCUGACCAGGCCCCCAGGGGCAUGGCAGCGCUGUGCCAGCACAAGCUGCUGGGGGCCUUGGAGCAGUCGCAGUUGGCCCCAGGGGCCACUCGGGCCCACCCUCCAACCCAGCUGGAGUGGAUGGCCGGAUGGCGGCGGGGCCGCAUGGCGCUGGACGUGUUCACCUUCAGCGAGGAGUGCUACUCAGCCGAGGUGGAGUCCUGGACCACCGGGGAGCAGCUGGCUGGGUGGAUCCUGCAGAGCAGAGGCCUGGAGGUGCCUCCCCGGGGCUGGUCCGUGUCACUGCAUUCCAGGGACACAUGGCAGGACUUGGCUGGCUGCGACUUUGUGCUGGACCUAAUCAGCCAGACUGAGGACCUGGGGGACCCAGCUGCUCCCCACAGCUACCCCAUCACUCCUCUUGGCUCGACCGAGGCCAUUCCCCUUGCCCCUGGCAUCCAGGCCCCCUCACUGCCCCCAGGACCCCCUCCAGGUCCAGCCCCAACGCUGCCCAGCAGGGACCACACAGGGGAGGUCCAGAGAUCAGGGAGCCUGGACGGCUUCCUGGACCAGAUCUUCCAGCCAGUGAUGUCCUCCGGCCUCAGUGAUCUGGAACAAAGCUGGGCUCUGAGCAGCCGCAUGAAGGGAGGGGGCGCCGUUGGGCCCACGCAGCAGGGGUACCCCAUGGUGUACCCAGGAAUGAUUCAGAUGCCUGGAUACCAGCCAGGCAUGGUCCCUGCACCCAUGCCCAUGAUGCCAGCAAUGGGCACAGUCCCUGCCAUGCCAGCCAUGGUGGUGCCGCCGCAGCCGCCGCUUCCCAGCCUGGACGCAGGGCAGCUGGCCAUCCAGCAGCAGAACUUCAUCAACCAGCAGGCACUGAUCCUGGCCCAGCAGAUGACAGCUCAGGCCAUGACCCUGUCCCUGGAGCAGCAGACGCAGCAGCGGCAGCGGCAGGCUCGGGCCUCCGAGGCGGCGUCCCAGGCCUCACCCUCAGCCAUCACCUCCAAGCCCAGGAAGCCCCCCACACCCCUGGAGAAGCCACAGCAUGACCUGGAAUCAGAGGGUGGCUGCCUGAGGGAGACCUCCGAGGAGGCUGAAGACAGGCCCUGUCAGCCCAAGAGCUUCCAGCAGAAACGGAACUAUUUCCAGAAGAUGGGACAGCCGCAGAUCACAGUGAGGACGGUGAAGCCUCCCGCCAAGGUCCAGAUCCCCCAGGGGGAGGCGCAGGAGGAGGAGGAGGAGGAGCAGGAGGAGCAAGAAGUGGAAACAAGAGCAGUGCCGUCCCCUCCUCCUCCCCCCAUCAUGAAGAAGCCAUUGAAGCAAGGUGGGGCCAAAGCUGCAAAAGAGGCUGAGGCUGAGCCAGUCAAGGAGACAGCGGCCAAGGGCGGUGGCCAAGGGCCAGCCCAAGGCAGGGGGAUCGUGGUGCGCAGCUCAGACCCCAAGCCCAAGCGGCCACAACCCAGCAGGGAAAUUGGCAACAUCAUCCGCAUGUACCAGAGCCGCCCGGGCCCCGUGCCUGUGCCUGUGCAGCCAUCCAGGCCUCCCAAAACUUUCCUGAAGAAAAUCGACCCCAAGGACGAGGCUCUGGCCAAGCUGGGUAUCAACGGUGCCCACUCGUCCCCGCCGAUGCUGUCCUCCAGCCCAGGAAAGGGCCCCCCACCAGCUGUGGCUCCUCGACCCAAGGCCCCACUACAGCUUGGGCCCUCUAGCUCCAUCAAGGAAAAGCAGGGGCCCCUUCUGGACCUCUUUGGCCAGAAGCUGCCCACUGCCCAGACACCCCCACCUCCACCAGCGCCACCACUGCCUCUGCCCGAGGACCCAGGGACCCUUUCAGCCGAGCGUCGUUGCUUGACACAGCCCAUGGAGGACCAGGGCGUUUCCACCCAGCUACUCGCGCCCUCUGGCAGCGUGUGCUUCUCCUACACUGGCAAGCCCUGGAAGUUGUUCCUACGCAAGGAGGUGUUCUACCCACGGGAGAACUUGAGCCAUCCCUACUACCUGCGGCUGCUCUGUGAGCAGAUCUUGCGGGACACCUUCUCCGAGUCCUGUAUCCGGAUUUCCCAGGAUGAGCGACGGAAAAUGAAAGACCUGCUGGGAGACUUGGAGGUGGACCUGGAUUCUCUUACCACCACUGAAGAUGGCGUCAAGAAGCGCAUCGUGGUGGCUGCUCGGGACAACUGGGCCAAUUACUUCUCCCGCUUCUUUCCUGUCUCGGGUGAGAGUGGCAGUGACGUGCAGCUGCUAGCCGUGUCCCACCGCGGGCUGCGACUGCUCAAGGUGACCCAAGCCUCCAGCCUCCGCCCACACCAGCUGAAGAUUCUCUGCUCAUACAGCUUUGCAGAGGUGCUGGGUGUGGAGUGCCGGGGCAGCUCCACCCUGCAGCUGUCGUUAAAGAGCGAGCAGCUGGUGUUGCACACAGCCCGGGCAAGGGCCAUCGAGGCGCUGGUUAAGCUGUUCCUCAGUGAGCUUAAGAAGGACUCUGGCUAUGUCAUCGCCCUGCGCAGCUACAUCACUGACAACUGCAGCCUCCUCAGCUUCCACCGUGGGGACCUCAUCAAGCUGCUGCCGGUGGCCACCCUGGAGCCAGGCUGGCAGUUUGGCUCUGCCGGGGGCCGUUCCGGACUCUUUCCUGCGGACAUAGUGCAGCCGGCUGCCGCUCCCGACUUUUCCUUCUCCAAGGAGCAGAGGAGUGGCUGGCACAAGGGUCAGCUGUCCAACGGGGAACCAGGGCUGGCUCGGUGGGACAGGGCCUCAGAGCGCCCUGCCCACCCUUGGAGCCAGGCACACAGUGACGACUCGGAGGCCACCAGCCUGCCCUCCUCUGUGUCCUAUGCCUCUCUGUCCACCGACUCCCACAACUACACCAUGCAGGAAUUCGCCCUGCGUUACUUCCGGAAGUCCCAGGCCUUGCCGGGCCAGACAGAUGAAGGUGCUACAGGGAAGGACACAGACAGCCUGGUGCAGUACACCAAGGCUCCCAUUCAGGAGUCGCUCCUCAGCCUCAGUGAUGACGUGAACAAGCUGGCUGUGGCCAGCUUCCUGGCCCUGAUGCGGUUUAUGGGUGACCAGUCCAAGCCCCGGGGCAAGGAUGAGAUGGAUCUGCUCUAUGAACUGCUAAAGCUGUGCCAGGAGGAGAAGCUGAGGGAUGAGAUUUACUGCCAGGUUAUCAAGCAGGUCACGGGACACCCCCGGCCGGAACACUGCACUCGAGGCUGGAGCUUCCUCAGCCUUCUCACAGGCUGCUUCUCUCCGUCGACCAGGCUGAUGCCCUACCUGACCAAGUUCCUCCAGGAUUCGGGCCCCAGCCAAGAGCUGGCCCGGAGCAGCCAGGAGCACCUCCAGCGCACAGUCAAAUAUGGGGGGCGCCGGUGGAUGCUCCCACCGGGUGAAAUGAAGGCUUUCCUGAAAGGACAAGCCACUCGCCUGCUUCUUAUUCACCUGCCAGGAGGUGUGGAUUACAAGACGAAUAUCCAUACUUUCACGGUGGCAGCAGAAGUGCAGGAGGAACUGUGCCAGCAAAUGGGCAUCACAGAGCCUCAGGAAGUGCAGGAAUUCACCCUCUUCCUCAUCAAAGAGAAGGGCAAGCUGGUGCGGCCCCUGCGGCCUGCUGAAUACCUCAACAGCGUGGCAGUGGACCAGGACGUGAGCCUGCACAGCCGGCGGCUCGGCUGGGAGACCCCACUGCACUUCGAUAACUCCAUCUACAUCAGCACCCACUACAGCCAGGUGCUGCGGGACUACCUCCAGGGGAAGCUGCCGGUCAGUGCCAAGGCGGACGCGCAGCUCGCCAGGCUGGCCGCCCUGCAGCACCUCAGCAAGGCCAACAGGAACACUCCCUCAGAGCAGGACCUGCUAGCUUAUGUGCCACAGCAGCUGCAACGGCAGGUGAACAUGGCCUCCAUCAAGAACCUGAUGGGUCAGGAGCUGAGACAGCUGGGAGGACACAGCCCCCAGGAAGCACAGAUCAGCUUCAUUGAGGCCGUGAGCCAGCUGCCCCUCUUCGGCUAUACCGUCUACGUAGCGCUGAGAGUGAGCAUGCAGGCCCUGUCGGGACCCGCUCUCCUGGGGCUCAACCGCCAGCAUCUCAUCCUCAUGGACCCCAGCUCCCAGAAUCUGUACUGUCGCAUUGCCCUGAAGAGCCUGCAGCGGCUCCACUUGCUAAGCCCACUGGAGGAGAAGGGGCCCCCUGGCCUGGAACUCAACUAUGGCUCAGCUGACAACCCCCAGACCAUCUGGUUUGAGCUGCCACAGGCCCAGGAGCUGCUAUACACCACUGUCUUCCUGAUAGACAGCAGUGCCUCUUGCACUGAGUGGCCCAGCGUCAACUGAGAGGAGUGUAGGCCAGGGAGAGACGAGGGUGAGGCCUCCCCUGGCCCAAGUCUCACCCAGAUGGUCUGCCUUGGAUGCUAUCAGACCACUGUUCCAGAACCUGCCACAGCACAGCCCAGCCGGCCCACAUGCAGGCCAUGAGGCAGGGGCUGCUAUCACGUCACCAACAGGCAAAGAAAACAGCCAGAGCCCCUCCAGGACGGCCUGGGCCCAAAGAGGGCUGCAGGAACUCGCCUGGGGAAUCUGAGGUUGCCUAGUCUGAGGGAGACGCCCACCGGCCCCAGGCUCCGCCCAGGCCCCACAUUAGCACAAUCCCAGGCAUGGGAGAAACAGCUGCUGAGGAAAUAAAACUCCCCGGAGAAAA